AUGUUUUCAGCGAUAACAGUAAUACCAGCGGCAAUUCAGCUGUGUGUAUUUCCACUAUGUCCUGAAUCACCGAAAUAUACUUUGAUUGUUAAAAAUCAGCCUGAACAGGCCGAAAGAGAUUUGCAGAAACUGCGCAAUAAAGACGAUGUAUCGGCAGAAAUGGAUUUGAUGCGUGAGGAGCAAGCGCAGAUGGCAGCGACAGAAAAAGUCGGAGUUUCAGACCUCUUCCAUGGCAUUUACCGUUGGCCAAUGUUCAUUGCAAUAAUGAUGAUGGUGGCGCAGCAGUUCUCUGGUAUCAACGUGGCCAUGUUCUUUUCAACCUCAAUUUUUGAGGACGCCGGACUGGGCUCCAACGCUGUCUAUGCUACUCUCGUCAUGGGACUUGCCAACGUCCUCAUGACGAUGCUCUCAGUCUAUCUGGCAUGUUUUCACGUCUUUGUGCAGGUUCUUAUCUGA